AUGCCCUCUGCAGAACUUCCGAAACACGCUCAGAUCCUCGUCAUUGGCGGCGGUCCCGGUGGCAGCUAUACCGCCUCCGCCCUUGCUCGCGAAGGUUAUGAUGUCGUCCUUUUUGAGGCCGCAAAAUUCCCGAGAUACCAUAUCGGCGAAUCUCUCAUACCAUCCGUCAGACAUUUCCUACGCUUCAUAGAUGCGGAACACAAAGUCAUCAAGCAUGGUUUCGCCCGUAAACCCGGCUCCGCAAUCAAAUUCAACCAGUAUAUGCAAGAAGGAUACACGGACUUCGUCGCGCUCGGCGCGUCUAACAGCGCAUGGAACGUCGUCCGGUCCGAGUUCGACCACCUACUCUUGCAGCACGCCGCAGCAUCCGGCGCCCAUGUGUACGAGCAGACGCGUGUCACCGAAAUCCACUUCGAGGAAACCCCUCCCGCCUCCCCCAUCCAGCCGCGCAUCGACUCCCCGCUCUCUCGCCAAUGCCAAGACGAGCGUCCCACCCGGCCGGUACCGCGCCGGCGGACGAGCGCUGUCGAAUUUGCACUCAACGACGGUCCGAGCGCAGACUCCCUCGGCCGCCCCCAGAGCGUGAGCUACGAGACGGCGUUCGGUGGCACGGGCGAGAUCACCUUCGACUACCUCGUCGACGCCAGCGGACGUGCUGGUCUGAUGAGUACGAAAUAUUUGAAAAACCGCAAGUUCAAUGCUUCGCUCAAGAACGUCGCGGUAUGGGGGUACUGGAAAAAUACGGGCAUGUAUGGCCAGGGAACUGACAGGGAAAACGCGCCCUUCUUCGAAGCACUCAGUGAUGAGUCCGGGUGGGCGUGGUUCAUUCCCCUCCACAAGGGCCUCACAUCCGUUGGCAUCGUUAUGGACCAAAAGCAACUCGGUAUCCGGUCCCGUGCUUCAUCAUCCGCUAGUGGUUCCCCCUCUCUUGGCAACAGCGUCCGCCGUGAUACUCUCUCAGCGCGCACAUCCUCCACUCUAGCGGAGCGCUAUCUGUCGUUCCUGGAACUGGCCCCUGGCGUGCUUGAUCUCAUCGGCGAUGGCGAACUAGUGUCACUGAAGACCGACGAAGACGAUGACGAGGAUGCGGAGAUCCCGGUAGCGAGGAGUGCCAGCGACUACAGCUACUCCGCAUCACAUUACGCCGGUCCCGGGUGGAGGUUGGUCGGGGAUGCUGGAUCCUUCAUCGACCCGUUCUUCUCCUCAGGGGUGCACCUGGCCAUGACCGGCGCACUAUCAGCUGCUGCUUCAAUCGCUGCCUCAAUUCGAGGAGACUGCCCGGAGGCGGACGCAGCGGCUUGGUACAGCAGCCGCGUGUCCGUUUCCUACACGCGCUUCUUGAUAGUCGUUCUGAGUGCAUACAAGCAGAUCCGGUGCCAGUCCGAGGGCAUCCUUGCCGACGUCGACGAGGACAACUUCGACGCAGCAUUCGCUUUCCUCCGACCAGUGAUCCAAGGCGGAGCCGACAUGGGCGCGCGCCUCUCCGAAGACGAAGUGCAGCGCGCGCUCGACUUCUGCGUGCACCUCUUCGACCCCACCACGCCCGAGCAGCACGAGAGCGCGCGGCGCAAGAUCGAGCUCGCGAGCGGCCUCGUCGGUGCCGCCCACGACGCCGCGGUGCCUGACGCGGACCCGCUUCGCCUCCUCGACGUCCGCGCGCCCGUGGUCGACCCCGUGCACCUCGAGCAGCUGCUGCGUCAGCAGCUGCACCUGCAGGAGAACCUCCCCGCCUCCGCGUCGGGUGCGCACGGCGGCCCGCCGCGCCCCCCAGACAUCGUCACGCAGGAGCUGAGCAUGGUGCUCAAUAAGGUGAACGCGCGCCGCGUCAUCCACUCUGAGCAUGGGAACGGGCUGAACAGCCUGGAGGAGGAGGAGCUCGCGGGGUACGCGUUGCGUCUGCGCCUGGGCGAGCUCGGCCUGCGUCGGGCGGGCGGGGACAAGGGAGCGGGUACCAGGCCAUGA